CCUUUCUGAGUACCAACCGCUCGCGUUUCUCUUCCUGCAAUCCCAAAGCAGAGGCCAGAGGGAGGGAUCUAUCCUAUCCGCUCCAACGGACCAUAGUCGACGGGGAUUCUCCUUCGAUCUCCAACUGCCGACGUAGAUUCCGAAGGAAGAAAGAAAGAAUCUUUCUACCAAAGAGCUAUCCAAUGCCGGCGUAGAUCCUUCGAUCCCUUCUCCUACAUUCGUCGUAUUCCGCAGGAGGAAGAGGUGGCGGAGGCAGAAAUGAGUGAGAAGGCGGAGGCUCUGUGGUCGGCGUUGCUGACGGGGCGAUUCUUCACUCUCGGUCUCGUCGCGGCGUGGUACUCUUCCAACAUCGGAGUGCUACUUCUCAACAAAUACCUUCUGAGCAACUACGGGUUCAAGUACCCCAUCUUCCUCACCAUGUGCCACAUGACGGCUUGCUCCAUCUUCAGCUACGUUGCGAUUGCCUGGCUGAAGCUUGUGCCUAUGCAGUCUGUCCGAUCUCGAGUCCAGUUUCUGAAGAUUUCCGCCCUCAGCCUCGUGUUCUGCGGGUCCGUGGUCAGCGGCAAUGUCUCCCUCCGCUACCUCCCGGUCUCGUUCAACCAGGCCAUCGGGGCCACCACGCCCUUCUUCACCGCUGUGUUUGCGUACAUCAUGACUCUUCGUCAGGAAUCCUGGAUCACCUAUGUUACCUUGAUACCUGUGGUUAUGGGUGUCAUUAUCGCCAGUGGGGGCGAGCCAAGUUUUCAUUUGUUUGGUUUCAUUAUAUGCAUUGGUGCUACUGCUGCCAGGGCUCUCAAGACAGUGUUACAAGGAAUUUUGAUGUCCUCAGAAGAGGAAAAAUUGAACUCCAUGAAUCUCCUUCUGUAUAUGGCUCCUAUAGCAGUGAUUUUAAUACUUCCUGCAACAAUUAUAAUGGAGAAGAAUGUGAUCAACGUAAUGCUGGCACUUGCUAGAGAGGACUCCAAGUUUAUCUUAUACCUCCUGCUCAACUCAUCUUUGGCAUAUUUUGUGAACUUGACCAAUUUCUUGGUCACAAAAUAUACCAGUGCUUUGACUCUCCAGGUUCUGGGAAAUGCAAAGGGUGCAGUGGCAGUUGUCAUCUCGAUUCUCAUAUUUAGGAACCCUGUAUCUUUUACUGGAAUGGCUGGCUACACCCUCACCGUUAUAGGUGUCAUCCUCUACAGUGAAUCUAAAAAGCGCAACAAGUGAGCAAGUGCUCCAUUCUUUGUCUCUUCUUCCAAUUUACAUCGAUUGGUUUUAGAUGGAACAGUCUAAUAUCACAUUUAACAUUAUUUAUUUUUGUAAACCAAAAAAUUGUUGUAUACUACAUCCUGAUUUGGUUAAUGUUAGUCGAUCAUCUUGCUUGAAAA